AUGGCUUUUCCCGAUCAUUGGCCACAUGGGGAUCUGCACGUCGACGGGCGUCAUCCGGGACUUUGCGGGGCCGUACUUUGUCUCGGAAGACAACAUGGCAUUUGGGAAGCCAGUGAAGUACUGGAAACUGGAUCCCAGCAAAGUGUAUUCCAGUGGGCCCAAUGCCUGGGACACGGCCGUGCACGAUGCCUCGGAGGAGUACAAGCACCGAAUGCACAACCUUUGCUGUGAUAACUGCCAUUCUCAUGUAGCUCUGGCCUUAAACUUGAUGAGAUACGAUAACAGCACCUCCUGGAACAUGGUGAAGCUCUGCUUCUUCUCACUCCUGUAUGGGAAGUACGUAAGCAUAGGGGGAUUUGUGAAGACCUGGCUUCCCUUCCUCCUCUUCUUGGGGGUGAUCGUGACCGUUGUUCUGACGCUUCACUUGCGGUGA